CGCGCGGAGGCCGCGUCCGGGGGGAGCCGUGGUGACCGCCGCCGGCUGCGACGGGAGCCGGAGGGGGUUAACCGCCGAGUCGGCAGGCGGGAGAGCGCGAAGAGCGCGCGCUCGAGGCCGGCUCAGCCGACGGGGGCGCACGGGGGCGCGCGGGCUCCGGCGCCGGGAUGGAGGACGCGGUGGCCGGGCCCCGGCUCCGGGCGGCGGCCGAGGCGGCCGAGUCGCGGGCGCAGCCCGGGGUGACGCUGCGGCCCUUCGCGCCGUUCUCGGGGGCGGCCGAGGCCGACGAGGGCGGCGGCGACUGGAGCUUCAUCGACUGCGAGAUGGAGGAGGUGGACCUGCAGGACCUGCCCAGCGCCACCAUCGCCUGCCACCUGGACCCGCGCGUGUUCGUGGACGGCCUGUGCCGGGCCAAAUUUGAAUCCCUCUUUAGGUCAUAUGACAAGGAUAUCACCUUUCAGUAUUUUAAGAGCUUCAAACGAGUCCGAAUAAACUUCAGCAACCCCUUAUCUGCGGCAGAUGCCAGGCUCCAACUGCAUAAGACUGAAUUUCUCGGAAAGGAAAUGAAAUUAUAUUUUGCCCAGACUUUACACAUAGGAAGUUCCCACCUGGCUCCCCCAAAUCCAGACAAGCAGUUUCUGAUCUCUCCUCCCGCCUCGCCUCCAGUUGGUUGGAAACAAGUGGAAGAUGCUACUCCCGUAAUAAAUUACGAUCUGUUAUAUGCUAUCUCCAAGCUGGGGCCAGGGGAAAAGUAUGAAUUGCACGCCGCGACUGACACCACUCCCAGCGUGGUGGUCCACGUGUGUGAGAGCGACCAGGAGAACGAAGACGACGACGAGAUGGAACGAAUGAAGAGACCCAAACCAAAAAUCAUCCAGACCCGAAGGCCGGAGUACACGCCCCUGCACUUAAGCUGAACUGGCGCCCCCGGGGGGCAGAAGAAUUCCGAAUCACACUCGCGGGGAGGCAUCUUGUACUGGGGAAGUGGCCGCUCACGACCUGGGAGGUGGCAGCCGUGAUGGGCGGGGCAGACAUUCCAGCGCGCCUGCUCAGAAGGGAAUCCGGGCUCCGCCCCCUAGUUCUGAUGCUCCGCCUCCGCCAGCGUUCCUGGCUUCCGGGAAUGUCCUGGGCCAAUCCCUGAGCUCCGGGUGAUCGCACGAGGACAUUUGGGCCCAGCUCGAUGCAAACUGAUCACGAUAGUGUUUCCUAAUUGUCCUUCUCUGGUAGGUUCUGUGUUUGUCAAGGGCAGCUUCAUCCCCGGGUGUGGGGAGAGCCUUCUGUUGCUGACCAGCCUGCGGGGUAGGCUCUCUCUACUGGGAGGAAGAGGCACCGCGAAGCCACAAAGUGGUGCAGAAACGUGAAAACGAGAACAACGCAGAUGUGGGAUUUGUAGUGUCUCAUUCUUUUUCCCCCUCAUGUUCUAAUGUUUGUGCAUGUAUAUUACUGAUUUCCAAACUAACCUUUGUUCGUGUAUAGAGUUACGCCAUUGUUGUUUUGCAUCUUUUGGGAAGACGGGAAAGCAUUUGGAACAUCUGUCACCUUUGCAGAUUCAUGACUGUCUUUGCAACAGCACUCGCACGGGGCAUCCCGGCUGGAAUACGUCCAGCCCGCCUCCUGUCCGAUGCCGCAUCUACCUUGUGCUUUGGCAAAAGAAGUCGAUCUGAAAUUCCUAUGUCGCGUUUCGCUUUAUAAAAUUCAGAGAAUAGCAGUUUCACUGCCAACUUUUAGUGGGUGAGAAAUUAUAGUUUGGGUCUUUUGGGUCAGACAUUGUUUCCAUUUCCUUCUUUUACGUGGUGGUUUAUACACAUGAAUCAUAGCCCCCCCCAAAAAAACUUUUGGGGGAGCUGUUGGUUGAGAGAGUUGAUUUUUUUUUUUCUUACCCCACUAAAACGUCACGAUAAACUUGUAAAUAAAGCUGAUAGCAUAUAUUCAUACCCAUUGUACACUUGGGUGAAAAAUACGGCGGUGGAAGAAUAGUGUCUGAAUAUUCCCCUACCUGUGACUUGUAUGUUGUAGAAAAUGCUGUUAAAUGUUGGACAGGACUUGAACUCAAAGCAUGUGAAGUGGAUAGUACAUGUGUGGUGGAAUGAAAGAGAUGCAGUGCCUUCCCCAUUAAUUCCUGAUGGAAUCGUUACACUCGGUUAGUCUGUAAUUUUUUUUUCUAGUUGUAAUGCGUAUGUCUGGUAAAGAGGUAUUCUAUUUUGGCCUUACAAUACCAUAGCAAAAUUGGUCGUUUUGAAAUACCUAAUGACAAGUAACAGUGCAUGCUUUGGAAGUUUGGAAGGUGGUUUCCUUUUAAGAAGCAAAUACAUUUGAUUGUUCAUGUCAAGAAAUUGAAUGUUCUCAAACCCCUGUUUACAGUACUUGGUGAGGUGGGGGGCAGGUGAGGGAGAGACCAUUGCAUAGCUGUUCAAAUGUUCCUGGUUAAGUGCUUUUAAACUGGAGAGGCUAACCUCAAAAUAUUUUUUUUAACUGCAGUCUAUAAUAAAUCAACACAAUAUGCUCUUUACGGAAA